CCACGUCCUCUUCCACUUCCUCUUCCUUCUCCGCCUGCUCCUCACCUUCCGCCAUCACAUCUACAAAUACAGCAACUACAGCAAAGGCAGCCCAAUUAGUACGUUUAAUGACACAAAAUGGAAGUAUAAUUAGCGAUAAUAAUAAUGCCUCUAUCGGUGGGCGCGGUAAUGAAGGAGACGGUAAUCAAAAAAAUAUUGGCAAAUACAACAAUUUAAAUAGUAAUAAAAAUAACAACUCGAGAAUAAAUAAUGAAAAAAUGGUAAAUAAAUAAAGUUAAAAAAGUUAAGAAAAAGAGUGAUAAUUUUGAUAAAUUUAAAGAACAAAUUUUUUAAACGGCAAUUUUUUAUAAAGUCGAAACCCCUCACAAAUUAUUUACAUAUUAUAUAGUUCAAAAUACUUUUUUGUUUGGCCACUAUGGCUGUCUCGGAUUAAGAAAAAGGUGUGGUCGGGUUUCGGAUUGAUGUUUCAAAAAUUUUUUCGGACAGUUUCGAAUUUCAAGUCGAAAAAAACGCAUUCCUAUUGGCCAUUGGAUGUAAGAGCUACAUAAACGAUACCCACUCUUUAAGAUAAAUUCAUUAUAAGUUGUGAUUUUUUAAGUUAAUAGGGGGUAUCUAAAUUUCGAAAUUACCCUUUUCUUUAAAGGUAAGAACACCACCUUCUUUAAUUUCUGGUAUGUCGAGUACAACAGAUGCCAGUAUUGGAACUAAAACAACUAAUAGUUCAUCAGAAGGCUCUUCUUCUUUUUCGGGUUGGAUUAUUUAAUAAGUUUUUUCAACCAAAAUUUUCUAAAAGAAUAAAGUACAGUAAUAUAAGCAAUGAGAGAGACUUUACCGUAACUUUUGAGUUUAUUCAUUUGAUUCUGGUCGGUUCCGUACAAGGCGAUUUUCUUCCAAGGGCAAUCUUGUAUCAUUUUUUAGAACUACC